AUGCAGUGGCCCGUCUCUGUCUCUGCAGAGUAUGCAGACAAACCCUUGGAGAAGCCCCUGAAGCUGGUUCUCAAGGUUGGAGGAAGUGAAGUGACUGAACUCUCGGGAUCUGGCCACGAUUCCAGUUACUACGAUGACAGGUCAGACCAUGAGCGAGAGAGGCACAAAGAAAAGAAGAAGAAAAAGAAGAAAAAGUCAGAGAAGGAGAAAUACCUGGACGAUGACGAAAGAAGGAAACGGAAGGAAGAGAAGAAGCGGAAACGUGAAAAGGAACACUGCGACACGGAGGGAGAGGCUGAUGACUUUGAUCCUGGGAAGAAGGUAGAGGUGGAGCCACCUCCCGAUCGGCCAGUCCGAGCGUGCCGGACACAGCCAGCUGAAAAUGAGAGCACGCCUAUUCAGCAACUACUAGAACAUUUCCUCCGCCAGCUCCAGAGAAAAGAUCCUCAUGGGUUUUUUGCUUUUCCUGUCACGGAUGCAAUUGCUCCUGGAUACUCAAUGAUAAUAAAACAUCCAAUGGAUUUUGGCACAAUGAAAGACAAAAUCAUGGCUAAUGAAUACAAAUCAGUCACGGAAUUUAAGGCAGAUUUCAAACUGAUGUGUGAUAAUGCAAUGACAUACAACAGACCAGACACUGUGUACUACAAGUUAUCUAAGAAGAUCCUUCACGCAGGCUUUAAGAUGAUGAGCAAAGAGCGGCUGUUAGCUUUGAAGCGCAGCAUGUCGUUUAUGCAGGACAUGGAUUUUUCUCAGCAGGCAGCUCUUCUGGGCAACGAAGACACAGCUGUUGAGGAACCAGUUCCCGAAGUUGUACCUGUACAAGUAGAAACUGCUAAGAAAUCCAAAAGGCCGAGUAGAGAAGUCAUCAGCUGCAUGUUUGAGCCAGAAGGAAAUGCUUGCAGCUUGACUGACAGCACAGCAGAAGAACAUGUGCUGGCCUUGGUGGAGCACGCAGCAGACGAGGCUCGGGACAGGAUCAACCGACUCCUUCCAGGUGGCAAGAUGGGCUACCUGAAGAAGAGCGGAGAUGGGAACCUGCUCUACAGCGUGGUCAACACGGCUGAGCCCGAUGCCGACGAGGAGGAGACCCACCCGGUGGACCUGAGCUCCCUCUCCAGCAAGCUGCUCCCCGGCUUCAGCUUCACCACUCUGGGCUUCAAAGAUGAGAGAAGAAGCAAAGUCACGUUUCUCUCAAGUGCCAGUACUGCCCUUUCAAUGCAUAAUAAUUCUGUAUUUGGAGACUUGAAAUCAGACGAAACGGAGCUUCUGUAUUCUGCCUAUGGAGAUGAGACGGGUGUGCAGUGUGCGCUGAGCCUGCAGGAGUUUGUGAAGGAUGCUGGGAGCUACAGCAAGAGAAUGGUGGACGACCUUCUGGACCAGAUCACAGGCGGAGACCACUCCCGCAUGCUCUUCCAGCUGAGGCAGAGGAGAAAUGUCGCGAUGAAGCCAUCAGAUGAAGUAAAGACUGGGGACUCCCUAGGAGAUGGUGGCUCUGUGCUGGAUUUCAUGUCAAUGAAGUCGUAUUCUGACGUCUCUUUGGACAUCUCCAUGCUCAGCUCUCUGGGGAAAGUGAAGAAGGAGCUGGACCAUGAUGACAGCCAUCUGAACUUGGACGAGACGACAAAGCUCCUACAGGAUCUGCAUGAGGCACAAGCAGAGCGUGGGGGCUCCCGGCCAUCGUCCAACCUCAGCUCCCUGUCUAACACCUCCGACAGGGAUCAGCAUCACCUGGGAAGCCCUUCUCGCCUCAGUGUCGGUGAGCAGCCAGAGGUGACCCAUGACCCGUACGAAUUUCUUCAGUCUCCAGAACCUGCAGCCUCUACAAAGAGCUAGCCUUGUAGAUAGUCAUUAAUUGUUUUUCUUUGUUUUGUUUUUAUUUGCAUGUACAGAAUUUUUGUUGUGAGACAAAGACUAUCAUGUUCCCUUGGGCCUGCAGGAAGCAGCGCAGGGAGGGGGUGAAUUGUCUCUGAUCAUGUCGGCCGCAUGUGGACCCAGUGUUUCUGUAGAUAGUCCUGUGAACCUGAAUAGUGGGAACCCUAAAUAAAGGGAGUGUAAAACUGGUGUGGUCUUUCUCUGAGCUUCGUGGUGUCAGUGAAGCCCUUCUCUGCGGCCGGUGGCGCACCUGUUCUGCCCCGUGUCCCCUACAAGUGGCCUUUGGGAAGCAGAGUCUGUUGGGGAUCCUGUAUAUUCUUUCCCACUGUCCCCCCACAUCCCCGCAUUUCUGAGGCAAAUCAUGGUGGGGGCCAUACAGAAGCACAUGGGGAGCCGGUCGAGCACCCUCCUGGUCCUGGACAGGCAGGGAGUUGCGUACAGCUUCCCUGUGCUUAAUUCAUGUGCCUGAGAAAGGAGUACAUUCUGCUGGAAGACUUGGAGGUCAGCUGUCUUACCAGUUACGAUGAAGUGUUAUGUCCAUAAAAUGUUCUUUAUUCUAGAUAUGUUUGCUGGAUGCCUGCUUAUAUUGGCAAAGUAUAAAGAUCUUAAUAAGAUACACAAAGAGUGUAAUUGUAUAGAAUUAUUUACAGCACUACUAGGUGUCCACUUUUGUGUGACUUUUCAGUAAAAAUCCUUUGUCACAA